CGUAGGAUUGGAGUAGCCAUCGGCAACCAAGUGCUGGAUCUCAGUGCUGUGAAACACCUUUUCGAUGGACCGAUCCUUUCGAAACAUCACCAUGUCUUUGACCAGCCGACCCUGAACCAUUUCAUGGGACUGGGCUGGGAAGCGUGGAGGGAAGCCAGGGCGUUUCUCCAAAAGCUGCUCUCUGCCAACGAGCCGAUGCUGAGAGAUAAUGUGGAAUUACGCAAAAGGGCGUUCGUACCUCGAGCUUCCGCUGUCAUGCACCUUCCUGCUGAGAUAGGAGACUACACCGAUUUCUAUUCCUCCUGGCAACACGCCACCAACGUUGGGAUCAUGUUCAGAGGGAAGGAGAAUGCGCUGAUGCCUAACUGGCUGCACUUGCCCGUUGGCUACCACGGCCGUGCUUCUUCCGUCGUCGUAUCCGGCAUCCCGAUUCGGAGGCCGAUGGGGCAGAUGAGGCCCGAUGACGCUCAACCUCCGGUGUUUGGUGCCUGCAAGCUUCUGGAUAUCGAGUUAGAAAUGGCAUUCUUUGUGGGCCCUGGAAACAGGCUCGGAGAGGCCAUUCCCAUCCACGAAGCUCACAAGCACAUCUUCGGGAUGGUUCUCAUGAACGACUGGAGCGCUCGUGACAUUCAGAAGUGGGAAUAUGUUCCGCUGGGCCCAUUUUUGGGCAAGAGCUUUGGAACGACCGUCUCUCCGUGGGUGGUCACGAUGGAGGCGCUGCAGCCGUUUGCCCUGCCAAACCCUGCCCAGGAUCCCAGACCUCUGCCCUACCUCUGUGAUGACCAGCCGUAUACAUUUGAUAUCAACCUCUUUGUCUCUAUUAAAGGAGAGGAGAUGAGCAAGCCGGCUACUAUCUGCAACUCAAACUUUAAGCACAUGUACUGGACCAUGAAACAGCAGUUAGCUCACCACACUGUCAACGGCUGCAACGUCCGGCCCGGGGACCUCCUAGCCUCUGGAACCAUCAGCGGACCUGAUCCCGAGAACUUUGGUUCCAUGUUGGAGUUGUCGUGGAAGGGGACGAAAGCGAUUGACCUCGGGAACGGCCAGUCCCGUAAAUUUCUGCGAGAUGGAGAUGAAGUCAUUAUAACAGGCUACUGCCAAGGAAAUGGUUAUCGAGUUGGCUUUGGGGAAUGUUCUGGAAAAGUGCUCCCAGCCAAACUGAUCUGA